ACAAGUUAUCAGCUGGCACACUUCCUUUGAGAGCUGCUGUCAAAACGCAUACAUACGCAAAGCGUCAUUUACAACAUGAAGCUCUCCAUCUUUGUCCUCUGGUCUGGCAUCGUCGUGGUGACCGCCAUGGAUGGUUGCCACAGUAACCGGGACAAUUUCCACCGACCGCGGCUUAACUGUACGGCGGCCGGCUUUACUCAUGUUCCUGCGGGUCUCGAUCCCACGACCAAGGUUCUCUUGUUUCCAAGGAACUUAUUCUCCAGUCUGUUCUGGGAAUCAUUCCAGGUUUUCAGUGAGGUCUAUGAGAUUGACCUGACAGCCAAUGAGAUUCCUCAGGUGAAGCCGGGCGGCGCAGCACUUCUCCAGCGCCUCGCCAUCCUACGACUGGGACACAAUCAUCUCACGUCUCUUGAGGGCAUGGCCUUCUCCGCCUGCCCCGCCCUGACUAAGCUCUUUCUGGACAACAACGCCAUCGAGUCUCUGAGCGACGACACUUUCAGCGGACUUGGCAAGCUGGAGGAACUGGACCUGUCGGCCAAUCGCAUCAGGGUUCUUCCACCCCUCUUGUUGCACCCUCUUGUCACCAUAGAAACGCUGUCACUGGAAAACAACAGGAUCAAUGUGCUUCCAGAUGAUUGGUUUAGCCAGAAUGAGUUGGUGCCCUAUCUCUAUUUCGCUGCCAAUCCGUGGGCGUGUCACUGCACAUUAACUUACCUCCGCACGUACCUGGAGAAGUAUGAAAUCAACUUCUAUGUCCAUGAGGGCGAGCUCAUUAUGAGAGACGCUGAAAGAUUGGUGUGCGAUUCGCCACAGCAUGUCAAAGGUCAAGCUAUCAUCCUUCUGCAGGUGUCCGAUUUCUGCUUACCUAUAACUUCGUCGCAAAAGGCCUCCUCCUCAACACGCCCCUACACCAUGUCCACCGAGGGAGAGCACUGGGGAAUGGCAAAGGUCAGAGGCGAUGGGGCCAUCUUUUGGCAUACUGCUCCGACGACGACAGAGGGUGCGCCGACGACAGAGGUUGCGCCGACGACAGAGAUUGCGCCGACGACGCAGGGUGCGCCGACGACGCAGGGUGCGACACUUCCUGCCCUCAGUCCCACAACGGUGCGAACAUCCAUGGCCCCUAUGAGCACUGAAGUCACACGGCCCUUGUGGCAGGAAAGGGAACAAGAUGGCAGCAGAAGCCUUCGUCACACAAGCGGCAUGUUUUGCUUGUGGCUGUUUGCUGGCAACAUGUUGUUGUGCGCAGCGGCCACCGUGUACACACUACUGAUCUUAGCUAGGCUUGUUGUCUGGUACAGGGGUGCAUACAAGCCACUGAGGGCCACGCUGGCGAUGAGAGGUGGGGCCCAACUUCUGAGGCUGCACAUGAGGGCAGGGCCAGAAAGUGGCGCGAUGGCAGUUUAUCGUUCGGUUCUCUUCAUCUCACGUAAAAGCGAAGGGGCAGCGGAGGGGCAAGAAGGCGGGCGGCAGGAGCAGAGUGUGCCGAGGGCAAUGUAUAGAACGACCCUACAUCACCCGCUGGGGCACCAAGUGGUCGAGGCGGCGUCGAGGGAACGCUUCAGCGUGAUUCUGCGUAAAGAGCAGGAGGAGCCUCGCGGAAGGAGGGAGGAGCUAGAUUGGGUUGUGGGGGGCUGGCAGGUUUCACCAAAUGUGAACAGGAGCAGCUGGGGGGCUUGGCUUGCACAGCAAUUACCCAGCACGCCCUGGGACAUGACCACACCCCCUGAGUGAUGUUGGCGGUCUACAUCCUGCCAGGAGCUUGCUUGUAGGCUUAUGCUUCCAAAAUCUAUAUGAUUAUUUUUCACAUUUGCUGUUUUAAGAAAUCAGAUGAGCUGCGGCUGCUUUAAAAAGUGUUACUGCUCCAUUGUCCAGAUAAAUGAAAUAGAAACAACUUAAGUUGGAAAUUAAGAUGGAAAAUGGAAAUCACUUUUUCACAUUUGUAAUACCCCUAGCUAACAUUAACAAAUUAAACACACAUUAUACAUUCAAAGCAAGUUGUUUG